AGGAGGAAGAAGAUGCCUAUUGUUUAAUAAACAAUAGAUCGGGCUGCGUUGUUCUACAUUGCGAAGAAAAAACUUAGCUUACAUUUUGGAGACAGAUUGUUUUUCUUACAUGUAUCCAAGUUUAUUGUGACUUUAAGUGUGGAAUUUUACAGCCCCCUCAGUCAUUAUGGAAACUUGUGUUUACAAUUCUUAAGCCAAGUGGGACUUUUUUUAUGCCUUUCAUGAAAGCAUCAUAGAGGUGAAGAAUCAAAACUGAUACAUAUAUCCCAACUUUUAUAGUUUCCUCUCUCUUAAGAUAAGUACUAAUUUUAGUCCUUUGGCAAACCAAUGUAUGUAUCUGAUAAAAAGACCCAGUUUUAUAAAGUAAUAAUUUGUGGAAGAUGAGUGCCCAACCUCCAUCUGUAGAUAAAGGACUGAAUACCACACUUUUGUGUCAGGAAAGCUAUGCUUGCAGUGGCACAGAUGAAGCAGUCUUUGAAUGUGACGAAUGUGGAAGCUUGCAGUGUCAGCGUUGCGAAGAAGAACUGCAUAGACAAGAAAGACUUCGAAAUCACGAACGGACUCGAAUCAAACCUGGCCAUGUCCCCUACUGUGACAGCUGCAAAGUCACAAGUGGCAGCAUCCUGCAGAACAAUAUCAUAAGCUCUAGACAAAGGGCAACCGUAAGGUGCCAAGCGUGCAAAAUAAACUUAUGUUUAGAGUGUCAGAAGAGAACUCAUGCUGGGGGAAAUAAGAGGAAACAUCCCAUUACCGUAUACCAUAGUGGCAGACAUCAUGAGCAGCAAGAGGAGGAAGGAAUGGAUGAGGAGACCAAGAGGAAGAAGAUGACAGAACAUGUGAUAAGCUUCCUGCUGGUGGAUGAAACAGAGGAGAUUCAGGUGGAGAAUGAAGAAGAAUUUAUCAGGAAACUGAACUGCAAGGCUGACCAACACGUAAAGGUGGUGUCUAUUUUUGGGAACACAGGGGAUGGGAAAUCUCAUACCCUUAACCACACCUUCUUUUAUGGCCGUGAAGUCUUUAAAACGUCUCCAGCACAGGAGUCUUGUACAGUAGGUGUUUGGGCUGCCUAUGACCCUGUUCAUAAAAUGGUAGUGAUUGACACAGAGGGUCUUCUUGGUGCCAUGGAGAAUCUAAGUCAGAGGACCCGGCUGCUUCUGAAGGUCUUGGCUAUUUCAGAUCUCAUCAUCUACCGCACACAUGCUGACAGGCUCCACAAUGAUCUCUUCAAAUUUCUUGGAGAUGCUUCGGAAGCAUACCUAAAACACUUCACCAAAGAACUGAAAGCAACCACAGCCCGUUGUGGACUGGAUGUUCCAUUGUCCACUUUGGGUCCUGGAGUCAUUAUCUUUCAUGAAACUGUGUACACACAGUUAUUGGGUGCUGACCUAUACCUUUCCAUAAACUUGCUGUGUAUUCAACAUGCUACCAUUCUAUGCUUAUUAAUGAUUUUUUCUCCUUCUCUUGUCAUCCAGGCAUUAAGUGAUCGGUUCUGUGGUGAAAUUCCAGAUGAUCAAAUGGCUCAUAGCUCCUUCUUUCCAGAUGAGUAUUUUACCUGCUCCUCUGUAUGUCUUAGCUGCGGAAAUGGGUGUAAGAAGAGCAUGAACCAUGCGAAAGAAGGAAUCCCCCACGAAGCUAAGAAUCGCUGUAGAUACACUCAUCAGUACGAUAAUCGAGUAUUCACUUGCAAGGGCUGUUAUGAACAUGGUCAAGAGGUUAGGGUAGUGCCCAAAACUUCUGCUUCUACAGAUUCCCCUUGGAUGGGCCUUGCUAAGUAUGCCUGGUCAGGAUAUGUAAUUGAGUGCCCCAAUUGUGGAGUUGUGUACCGUAGCCGACAAUAUUGGUUUGGGAACCAAGAUCCUGUGGAUACUGUGGUGAGGACGGAGAUUGUACACGUCUGGCCAGGAACUGAUUGCAGCCUGAAGGACAACAACAAUGCUGCUCAACGCCUGAUCGAUGGAAUGAAUUUCAUGGCACAGUCAGUGUCUGAACUGAGCUUGGGACCUACCAAAGCUGUAACCUCAUGGUUGACAGAUCAAAUUGCUCCGGCUUACUGGAAACCCAAUUCCCAGAUUCUGAAUUGUAGGAAAUGUGGCAUAUCUUUCAAAGAUAAUGAUACCAAGCACCAUUGUCGGGCUUGUGGAGAAGGUUUCUGUGAUGGUUGUUCGUCCAAGACUCGCCCUGUCCCGGAACGUGGUUGGGGACCCACACCUGUGCGAGUAUGCGACAACUGUUAUGACAACAGGGACUUUCAGUUAGAAGUGGCUGAGGUAUCAACAGAUGAGGAAGGAGGGACAGUGAUUGCCAGGAAAGUUGGUGAAGCUGUGCAGAAUACCCUCGGGGCUGUGGUAACCGCCAUUGACAUCCCACUGGGUCUCAUGAAGGAUGCCGCUAGGCCUGCCUACUGGGUACCUGACCACGAAAUCUUACACUGCCACAAUUGCCGGAAGGAAUUCAACAUCAAAUUGUCAAAGCAUCACUGUCGUGCUUGCGGCCAGGGCUUCUGUGAUGAAUGCUCCCAUGAGCGCAGAGCUGUCCCUUCCCGUGGUUGGGAUCAUCCAGUUAGAGUCUGUUUUAAUUGCAAUAAAAAGCCUGGUGAUCUUUAACCCUAACUUUCCUUCUGGGUACGCAGUAACACCAUAGCUUCUCAGGGUUAGAUAAAAAAGAAAAGAAAAGAAAAAGAAAAACUAGGCAGAAUGCAUGCUGCUCAUGUCUAGCCUUCUUUACAUGUGUAGAUUUCAGUAACGUGAAAUAAUCAAUAGCCCGGAUAAGGCUUGAUUGCCAGUUGUGAUCAUGGAAGUUGGGGAUUGGAGUAUGUGGAGAAGCUUGCAAUAAGUUGAGGAAUCCCAGAUCCAGUAUAUACCAGUCAACUGUAUGUAUUUCUAUAUCCCUAUAAUGUAGUAUGCUAAAUGCAGCUGGCUGAUGAAGCAUUGGUAAUUUACUGUUAACAUUGAAACGUAAAUAGAAAUUGGAUUUUUUUUUUAAGUGUAAUGGAUCAAGCACAACCUCUUGAGUGCCUUGGGAUUCAUUUGCUUGAAGCGUUCUGCUACUUACAGCCUCAUGAAUUUCAAUAACUGUGAUUCUACAAGUUGGUCACUUGAAAUAACCACCAUUCAUGAGCCUUGGUUUUGGAUACAGAGUACCAGGCCUUUGGUCUGGCCAUUGCAACUCUUAUCACCCCUAUUUAUUUUAUCCCAUUCUGGUUUCCUUUUGCUGGUAGGGUCUUCCCAGUCAAAGCUAGAAAAGAGGAGGGAUGCUGUUUAUUACUAUGUGCAAGGUCUGAUGUGUAAGAUUGGAAGCCCUUGUUCAAGCAAGCAAACAGUUCAAGUUUGGACAGAAGCUAAAUUUGUGGCACAAACCCAAAACUUACCUAUUAAAGCCAUUCCAGUUUAAUUCUGAGGUGAUGAAUCCUUACUCUUCUUAUCCACAAUUUUUUGAGGUUGUGGGAUUUCUUUGUGAUAUAUUCUCAUUUCUUCAUCAGACAUGGCCAGACUGAAAGCAAUGGUAAGUACGAAGCAAACUUCCAGCAGUGUAGUAUUUGUUUAGCUUCAUAAGCUUUAGUUCUUUGUAAGUUGGCAAAUGUCUGAAAAGACCCUCAAAGCACUCAAAUAAACACAACUGAAAAUGGGCAGUCUUCUGAGUGUACAAGCAAAUGAGACGGUGGCAUUAUUUUUUUUACAACAGCCCUGUACUGAACCACUCUUGAGGCAUUGAU